GUAAAAAUCAAACAAAGACAGCACACUUUUCAGAGAUAUAACAAGUGUAUUGAUAUGUUUUUUCUUCUUCUUCUUCUUUUUUUGUUGUUCUUGUUUGUUUUAUUGCUGUCCUACAGAUCAGUAAUAAAACCACUUUCAGCCGUGAUCAAAGAUCCUCUCUGUUGAACACGAUCCCGCAUUUUCAGUUUUUCAAAACAAAGAAACAAAUACCUGAUAACAGUCUGCAACUGUGGUGCUUUUCUUUCCAGCUGUUCGCUUCUUUUUCAAGGUAAAAAAUGAGCUCUUUUGCUAAGCACCGUGCGUGCAUGUGUGUGUGUGGGUGUGUGUGUGUGGCGGGAUGGUCCCUCAGGGGAACUAAGUUGCUCUGAGACGUGCCGGCCACUCACAGCGCAAAUGGUAAUAAGGCAGGGGGGACAAACACUCCCCCUCCCUCCCUUCUCCUGCUCUGCGAUGGCGCUUGCCCCCACCUCCCUCCCCCUAGCAGAGGAGGAGUGUGUGUGUGUGUGUGCGUGUGUGUGUGUCAGGAAGCGUGCAGCGCGAUGUCAUUGAACAUCUCAGAGUGAAGCGGCACAGUUGACUCAGUUGAGUCUGCACUGGCCUGACACACACGCACACACACACGAUCGCUUUCCUCUUUACAAGCAGACACACACACUCAGAGAGCCACCGACUCUCUCACUCGCUCGCUCGCUCUCACAUGCUCCCUCACACACACACACACACACACGGAGGCUCAAGCGCUCGGCUCAGUUCCUCAGCGGCUGCUGCGGAGUACAGAGGAGUCCGAGAGAGAGAGAGAGAGAGAGAGAGAGAGCAGGGAGAGAGGAAAAGAGAGGACAGGCGGCACGGCACAGACGUCGAGAGAGGGACACAAUCACAGAGAGGGAGAGAGAGAGAGAGAGAGAGAGAGGGGAAGAGAGAGAGAGGAGCAGGAGGCAGGGAGAGCUGGAUAGCUGGUGGCUCACUCCCACACCUCAUCUUCACUUUGCUGGGACAGGCACAGAAUUGAUGUCCAAGGAGGCAGAGUUGGAUGUGAGAGGCAGUGAGUGCGACACAGUCCCACAAGAGCCCAGCACAGACCCGGAGCCUCCAAGGCCACCUCCAGCUAAGGCUAACGGACCCACCGGCACCGUUGGCGUUUGCACAAGCAUCCCCUCCAGCAGCCACAGUAGCAGCAGCAGCAGCAGCAGCACCAGCAGCAGCACCAGCACCAGCAGCAGAAGUGGUCUGGGUGGCAUUAACAUCGUUAGCAGCAGCGCUGAGGGAGCAGGCGAGAGCUCCAUGCAGUUCAGCACCAGACCGCCUAGUGCUGAGCAGCCGGGCUUCAUGGGGACAUGGCAGCAGCAGAGCACUGACAGCAACCUCCUCUACAGAAUGUCCCAGCAGGGUGCUGUAACGCGGCUUCCUUUGAAGUGCGACAGGUCGACUAUGGGCCGAGACCUGGAAGAGGCCAUUCGCUGCACACUGGUGAACUGUACAUGUGAGUGUUUCCAGCCAGGGAAGAUUCACCUACGAACAUGUGACCAGUGCAAACACGGCUGGGUAGCUCACGCUCUGGAUAAGCUCAGCACCCAGCACCUGUACCACCCGACCCAGGUGGAGAUCGUUCAGUCCAAUGUGGUGUUCGACAUCAGCAGCCUGAUGCUGUACGGCACCCAGGCCAUACCUGUCAGGCUCAAGAUCCUUCUCGACCGCCUCUUCUCCGUGCUGAAGCAGGAGGAGGUGCUGCACAUCCUGCACGGCCUGGGCUGGACCCUCAGAGACUACGUCAGGGGCUACAUACUGCAGGAUGCUGCAGGCAAGGUGCUGGACCGCUGGACCAUCAUGUCCCGGGAAGAAGAGAUCAUCACCCUGCAGCAGUUCCUGCGCUUUGGUGAGACCAAGUCUAUUGUGGAACUGAUGGCCAUUCAGGAGAAGGAAGGUCAGGCAGUUACAGUUCCCUCCUCCAAGACAGACUCUGGGAUUAGGACAUUCAUUGAAAGCAACAACAGGACCCGCAGCCCAGGGCUCCUGACACAUCUGGAAAACAGUAGCCCAUCUAGCAUUCACCAUUUCGAGAAUAUUCCUAACAGCUUAGCCUUCCUCCUGCCCUUCCAGUACAUCAACCCAGUCUCUGCCCCAAUGCUUGGCUUGCCCCCCAAUGGCCUGCCUUUAGAGCAGUCUGCUCUCCGGCUGCGGGAGCCCAGCUUGCCAAACCAAGGUGAACAGGUGGACACCAGUGAGUCUGAAGUAUCGCUGUCACCAUUCCGUACAGGCCAGAGCCCUAGCCGUGGAGCCCUGGGAGCAAUGAACAACAACAUUGAACCCAAGACAGAGCCCAACAACAGGGCAUCACCCAUCUCACCAACCCCUUCCACCCAGCAGGCCCAACAACAGCAGCAACAGCAGACACAACUCCAGCAGCAACAACAGGGCCAACAGCAGUCCCAAAAUCAGCCGCAGCAACCCAACAGCUUGAGUGACCACCAGGUCCACCACCACUUUGUAAAGGAUGAGCACUCUAAAACCAUCUCCCAUGCUUCCUUUAACUCCAAGAUGCAUCGUAUGCGCCGCAUGGGAUCCACCUCUCGCAAGGGUCGUGUGUGCUGCAAUUCAUGUGGCAAAACCUUUUAUGACAAAGGCACACUUAAGAUACAUUAUAAUGCUGUACACUUGAAGAUUAAACACCGUUGCACCAUUGAGGGCUGCAAUAUGGUCUUCAGCUCACUACGCAGUCGCAACCGCCACAGUGCCAAUCCCAAUCCAAGGUUGCACAUGCCCAUGCUGCGCAAUAACCGUGACAAGGACCUCAUCCGUGCCAAUUCAACUCCUGGUACACCCGUCAUCUCAAGCACCAAGAAUGGUGGCUUCACACUUACCAGCCCUGGAAGGCCACCUUUGGGCUUCACUACUCCACCGGUAGACCCUAUGCUUCAGUCACCCCUGCAAAGCCCUCUGGUGUUCCCCACCCUGAAGUCAGUGCAGCCAGUCCAGCCAGUGCCCCCAUUCUACCGUACACUACUGUCCCCUGCAGACCUUGUCAGUCCUCCAGUGUCACUGCCCACCAGUCCCAUCAUGCCCACCACUAACAAUACUACCACCUUGAUGGACCAACAACAGCACAUCCUGGCUGCUGCAGCUGUGGCUUCAAACAACAAUAAUGUUCAUAUGUCAGAGGCAGGAUCCAUGUCCCACCGUUUGCAUACACAUAGUGCCAAUCAUGACAUCAGUACUGGCAGCAUAGACCCCACACCAAAAAAGAAGCCUCGUAAGUCUAGCAUGCCAGUGAAGAUUGAGAAGGAAAUAAUUGACGUGGCGGAUGAAUACGAGGACAAAGAUGAUGAUGACGAUGAUAACCUCCACCACAAUCACCAACAUCAUCAGUCAUCCCUUCUUCACAACAAUAUCAAAAUGAAUGGUAAUUGUAAUAACAACAAUGGAAGUGGUACUGGUAACCACAGUGGUGGCAGUGGGCAGCAAUCUCCUUCCCAGGAUGAGAUGAGCCCUGGCCUAGCUCUGAGAGGCAUGAUGAGACAGAGUGAAGAUGAAUGCCGGGAAGGCACUGGUAGUGACAGCAGGGGUGGAAAUGAUCUUCAAAGCUCAGGUGACCUACGCUGUAUGGACAGCUUCACCUCUGAAGACCAGGACCAUGAGAGAGACUUUGAAAAUGAGUCUGAAACCUCUGAUUCCAAGGUGUUUUACCGUGAUGAGCUGAUAGAUGUGGAGGAACAGCAAAAACACCUCAGUGGCAGAAGGAGCCUGGACAAGGAACAGGAGGAUGGUGAAGAAGCCCAUUUGACAAAGGACAUGGAAGGCAAGGGUCAUUCCUCACCCUCCCCUCAACAGCUGCCAAUCAAGAUCAAGGAAGAACUCAAUGAUCCUACUUACGACAUGUUCUGCAUGGGCCAAUAUGGCCUCUACAAUGGAGGCAUGGCCGCAGCUGCUGCCGCUGCUGCAAGUAUGGCUGCUCUGCACGAGAGCUUCAUCUCUUCGAUGAGCUAUGGUGCUAGUCCACCAAAGUUCCCUUCUUCUCAAUCACCAGAGGGAGACCCAUGCUCAAGUCCUGACCCCAAGAUCUGCUAUGUGUGUAAAAAGAGUUUCAAGAGCUCCUAUAGCAUGAAACUUCACUACAAGAAUGUGCACCUCAAAGAGAUGCAUGUGUGCACUGUGGCAGGCUGCAACGCUGCCUUCCCUUCCCGGAGGAGCCGAGACAGGCACAGCUCCAACAUCAACCUGCACCGCAAACUGCUGACCAAAGAGCUGGACGACAUUGUCCUAGACCCCCAACUCACGCCACUGCCCAAGGACCUGCGAGCCGAGUUACUGGCCAAGAUCUACGCUGGGCACCACAUGGGCUUGGACCCAAUGGCCGGGACGGGCUUCGGAGGCGCCAGCCUUGGGCCCACUGGCCUGAACCACAGUGUCCGCUUCCCCCCGAGCAUCGAGUAUUCCCACCACCCUCUCAACCAAAACCUUAAAAACCACCACACCAACGGCUUCUCCCGGGGCCAGUCAGAUGACUACAUGGUGUUGGACCUAAGCACCACAUCCAGUGUUCAAUCCAGCAGCAGCAUCCACUCCUCACACGAGUCAGAUGAGGGCAGCGAUGAAGGCAUCCUAUUGGAUGACCUGGAGGAGGAGGAGGGAGAAGAGGAUGACGAGGAGGGCAACAGCGAGGGGGAGGACUGCUCCCAGCGUGCCGAGGGGCGGGCUGAAGGAGGGCAUCGGGGUGAGAUUGGAGAACUAAGAGGAGAAAAACGUGGUGAGGGGUUAGAACCUCCCUCCCCACCAUUCCUCCUUUCGUCCACUGGGGGCAGUAACUGUGGCAGCAAUGGGAUCCUCUGCAACAUCUGCCACAAAAUGUAUAGUAACAAAGGGACCCUGCGUGUGCACUAUAAGACUGUGCACCUGCGCGAGAUGCACAAGUGCAAAAUCCCUGGUUGCAACAUGGUGUUCAGCUCUGUCCGCAGCCGUAACCGACACUCUCAAAACCCAAACCUCCACAAAAACAUGCCCUUCUCCACAGUAAUAGACUAAAUAAUGACUUGCUACUUAACCCUGCUGUCAGUCUGCCCGGUCCUCCCUUGAUUUCUCAUCCUUAUUCCUCUUCAAAUGAGCUUUUUUCCCCAGCCCAGGGCCAUCAAAUACAAGCUAAAUGCGUGUAUGCCACCUGCCCAUCUUCUGUAAGUCAUUGCAAGACAUUUCUAUGACCCUGUAUAAAAUUCAUUGACUCUAAAUACAAUUUAUUAUUGUGACCUUUGACUUUUCCUUCUUUGGAAGAACAUGAUGACGCUCUUGAGAGUGGAGUUUGCUUUGUAACAAAACUCCAGUUGUUUUUUUCAUACACCCCAGCCAUCUUUUCCUUUCAAGCGUCUCCCCCGUUUGUUUUUAUGUCCGUCUCCAAAGAAUCUAUUCAAACUCUUGUUUGUGACUUUGCCUGCGAAAUGAUAGUAUUGAAGAAAAAAAAAGAAAAAGAAAAUCUUCUUGUUGUAUUUGUGUAAUGAUAGCUUUUAAAUGAACCCCUUACAAAAGCAUGACAGCUUCAUUUGUAAAUAAUGUCCCAAGAGGCAUUUGGUGUAAAAGAGUUGUGUUGAUGGUUGUUUGCUUCUUUUUUCUCUCUUUAUGGUUUUAUGUUACAGUCCAGUACAAUACUUCCAGCUAUAGGCAAGACAGAGGUAGCAUCUUACUAGCUUGACUCAUUUAUGUUAGCUUCAAAGACAUGUUUUAAACAGAGUCCUUGGAAAAAAGAAUAUCAUGUGGCUUGUUUUAUCUACUUGUUAGAUAUUCAGAGGUUGCCGGCAUGCUUUUUUAGGCUCCUACACUGAUAUCAUUCUCUGUAUUUCUAUUUUUUUUAAUUUUUUUUUGUCUGUUUAGUUUAUGAGCUUUAGUAUACCAGUUCAGUUUUUGCACUUUGCAUCUAUACAAGGGGAUGUGUAAUAUUAUUAUAAUGAGGACUUUUGCAAUGGUAAGUUUAGGUGUUUUUUGGGGUCAUUGAUGGCUACAGUGCCAAGGGAAAUGACUGUAUCUUCAAAAUAUUUGUGCCAGUUUCUUUUUUGCACGUACUCAGUCUCAAACACAGUUUGACAACAGAAAAAACAUCUCACCUCCCUGAACAAAACCUGAGAUCUUCCCCCCACUGGUAAACAACGUAUAACAUAGAACAUGUCUCACUUCAAAACAAAUCCAGGUGUGACUGAAUAUAAACUGAGGUGUUACAUAUUGAUAAAGUCGCUCCUCUUUUUGUUAAAGGAGUAAUUUGUGUCUGGUUGCCAGUUAUGAUCCCAAUAAUACCUUCAGAGGUACACUGGGGUAAUCUGCGUAAAACAUGACAUUAGCGUGACAUUGUCCAUUAUCAAUGCAAGAAAUCAUGUUUUUUUCUCACAAAAGGCAUCUUAAUGAAAUACGACUGUCCCGUAGAUUUAAAACAUAGAUGAAAAUAGUCCUUCAACUGUGACCAAAAAAAAAAAGUGUUUGCUUAAGAAAAACCUAUUCAGUGUUACAGUGUGCUUAAAUCAUGCCCCAUUGGAUUAAUAUGCACUUGAGUCUUAAAUCUUUUGCUGUGAUAUUUUCAGUAUCGGUUUCCAUUGCUGAGUGUCGGCUACAAAUGUACUCUAUGAAAAAUGUUGCCAUUUCCUGGCUGUUGCGUUGCAGACAUUUUCACCACAUCCAUGACUGUCUCACGGUACAAAUAUUUUCAAUAACUGGGCAAAAGUAGCCAAGGGAAGGGGUAUUUAUUGGUGGGUGAUGUAUCUUCAUGGAGAUGUUUUUGUCCAGUAUAAGAAUAUUUUUUGUAAAAAGACAAAAAGUAGUUCCUCAGUUUGACUUCUUUAUCAGUGUAUUAGCAAUGCCAUGUGUUACUAUACAAGGAGAUCUUCUCUAACUUGACUGGUGCUACACACAGAGGGAAAAAUAUGCAGUGUUAAGCGGUGUGCUGUACAGUAUUCACAAGACCCUACAUUCAUAACAGUGUUCACUUUCAUUUGUUUCAUACAUAAGCCAUUUUGCAGUAUAGACGUGACCUAUUCAUUUUUUUAAGACUCCACCUAUAUGACACAUGCAGUUUUCAGUCCUCUCUUCUCAGAGAUAAAGAGAGCGAGACAGAGAGCUGAGGCUGACGGAAAGGUUGCAGAGGUGGAAGGCUGACUAGGGAGGAAAGGAUGACAGCAGCGAUCAUUAAAAAUGUGCUGCUUCUCCGUUACCUGAAGGCGUCCCUGCCAUCCAACCUUCUUCUGUCUAAUAACUCACUUGUCACUUCGUUAUACUGCCAGAUGCCAAGAUCGCUGACAAGACUGUGACACUGACAGAAAGAGAAAAGAAGGAGCGAGAUUGUGCGAGCUGAACAAUUCAAUUUGACUCAUUCAAUUUGGCUGAAUUCAAUUCAUUUAUUCACUUCCUACCUACGCUUAUUCUUAUUCAGAGCCGCCGAUAAUUCAGUUCAGUUCCUUUCCUGGAUUCUGUUUUUCUCUUUGUCUGUCAGAGCACAGUCAUUUAACAACCGCCUUACCCAUUUCUUCAAGCCGCCACUCACUUACCACCUCCACACCCCACAGCGCAGGUCCUACAGGGACACACGCUAAUAGUGUAUGCUUAAGUUCACUGGACGGCCAUGGCAUAGGAAAAAGGGAUGGGUAAUUGCCUGUUUAUCCCAAGUGAAGGGAAAAUUGAGUACAGGAACCCCUAGCUUCUCCCAGGAGUGGGUUUCACUGAGGCGCUUGCUGCCUCAUUCACUCAUUCAAUCCCCUCUGGCCCUCGCUCUGGCAGAAAUAAAAAAGUGCUACUCCAGGAACCCUGCUGACAGCUGUCUCUCUAACACACAACCAUUCAGACGCACACACAUGCACACAGAGGAGAGUGACGCACACUCACAUAUGCUUCCUACUUACAGGCCAGAAGGAUGACAAGAACUAGAUGACUUGUUAACCUUUAGUGAUAGAGGAGACGGGGGGGUGGUCAGAGAAAAAUAGAGCGUCUUCUCAGCGCAGGAAAUGAAGCUUUCCAUCUAGCAUUAACAUUAUAGCUGCUGCCAUGAAAGUUAACAUUCCAUUAUGGAGAGUAGUGUGAGGCAGUAUGAAGUCAGGCAUAGAAAAAGCUCUUAUUAUUAUUAUUAUUAUUUCUACAAUACUAGUCUGAGUUAUUUUAUCUAAAGAAGAUUUGAACUGAAUUAAGAGAGCUGUAUGUGCCUAACAUAUCAAAAGUUAUCUUAAUUUAAAUGUGCUCUGUCCAAUAACCUUAGAAAAACAGGUUUUUAGAUUUGUUUUUCAGACUAUGUCCUGUUUCUCCAUCUCUCAAGCAGCAGCUGAGGAGCAUGACCUCUCUGGAAGUGUCUGUGAAUAUUAUAGAAAAGAUUCUCUUACAACAUCCUUUCUCCUACCUCCUACGGGCUGCUACCGAGCCCCGCAUGGUGCUGGUCAUGCCAGCAGAGCUCAGGCUGGAAACAGAGCUGAGAAAACUCGCAUUCAACUGUCCAGCAUAGCCAGGCAAACAGACAGCAAGCGAGAGCGAGGGAAAGGGAUUGGGCUGAGAUACGGACUGCCUGGAGCCUUGUGGCAGUCACUUAACAAGGCAGUGGAGAAAGCCAGGAACACAGCGAGAGGAGAGAGCAAGAGAGCAGCAGGGCGAAGACUCCCCAGGACUCAUCGCUAGCUUCUUCUUGAUUGCCUGCUGCAGAGCAAUCGAGCCACCCCUCACAUUCUCCUCUCCUCUGAGAAAUGACCACCAAUUUCCCCCUCUCCUCUGAGAAAGCCCCCCAAUCCAAUCUUUGUCUUUUUUUUACUUCUCCAACCACAUGGGCCCAGGUGCAUCCUGCUACCUUGUGACCGGACUGCAGUUCCCCCGGAACACGUCCCUCAGAGCAGCUCUUUGGCCCAGACCACUGGAGUGAAUCUUUAAUAUUUGAUUAGAGGGGCGCCAGGCAUCAAUUAUUCUGUAAUUCAACAUAGCACACAGAGGGUGAAGGAGAUGGCAAACGGUUGGAGCGGCUGACCUGUUAAUCACUGUCCGUUUGGUUCACGUCACAGAGUGAUUGAGUGAGUACAGUAGGUGUAAGCAGAAAGGAUGAGAGGUGACAUCCCAUGCAAACUUGUCCAGUUAAUGUAGCUCAUGGAACAAAGUGGGAUUAACAUGUUUGAUGGGACAUCACAAGAAAUAUGCAGAAAGAAGAAAAAUACACACAGAUGUAGGUUUGUAUAGAUGCUUCAUCUUAGAUGUGUUAUUAUGUUCUUUAAAAAAAUACCCUCAUGAAUUUGAACUGGAACCUGUGAAAUGUCAGUGAUCCUGAAAAAAAAAAAGUACAUUCAUAUGAUGUUUUCCAUUGUGCCAAUUAUAUUUUACAGUCUUAAA